AUGUCUUUCACACUGCAUACGUUAAAUCUAAGUUAUAAUUAUAUCGGAUGUGAUGGAGUUGCCUAUUUAACUGAACUGUUAAAAACCAACAAAACACUCACUACCUUAGAUAUAUCGAAGAACCAACUAGAGAAGAGCGACAUACAAUCGCUGUGCAUAGCACUCCAGAAAAACCUGACGAUUUCUGAAAUAUUUUGCUAUGGAAAUGCAACUUCUCUAAAGAGCACACGAUAUAUUCAUAAUCGAUUAUGUGCAAACACCACAUUCAAAGCGCUACAUCUAAAUGCCAAUCACCCUGAUAAACCUGAAAUAAGAAUACUCGUGGAUGGAAUAGCAAGCAAUACGACUAUAAAAACAUUUGAUUCAGACAAAGCUUCCAGAACAAGACACAUAUAUUAUGCGAAAGUGAUUGAAUCACAAACUCAUCGAACACUCAUCACGUUAGCAAUGACAUGGGUGCCAAUCGCUGAAACAACAAUUGAAUAUUUUUUUUCUACCAUUGCUAAUCAUCCAACACUUACUACAUUGAAUAUGAGACAGAAUCAAUCAUCGAACGAUGAUUUAGAUCAUUUUGGUGAUAUUUUAAGAAAUAACAUGAGAUUGACGACAUUGUGCAUAAGAAAAAACGUCAUUGGCAAUCAUGGUGCACAGAAUCUGGCUUCUGGAUUGCGAGAUAACAGGACACUCAAAACGUUAAUUCUAUCCUCUGCUCGAAUCGGAGUAGCUGGUGCAAAGAGUCUUGCCGAUGCCAUACAAGAUAAUACAACACUAACUACACUCGUCGUGAAACACGAUCAAAUUGGAGUUCAAGGCACUGAAUAUCUUGCAAAUAUGUUGAAAAUCAACAAAACACUAUUAGACAUUGAUUUGACAGAUAACCAGAUUAGUGAUGAUGGGGCACAACUAAUGGCUGAUGUACUAGUUCAGACAGAGACACUUUCGAAACUAAAUCUUUGCAGGAAUGACAUUCGAGUUCGUGGAGCAAAGUCUAUUGCCAAUGCAUUACAGAACAACACAACACUUAUUGUGCUGGAUCUAACUAGAAAUACAAUCUUGAGAGAAGGAGCACACUAUCUUGCCAAUGCACUGGAAAUGAACAAGACACUGAAAGAAAUGUAUGUUUCUUGUAAUCAAAUUGGAAAUGAUGGUGUAGAAUAUUUCAGAGUAUCGUUAGAGAAAAACAUCACACUUACCAAAUUACAUAUAGGAUCGAAUGGUAUUACUAAUACAAUGUAUAAAGAGAAGCUUUAUUCUAAUAAUCUACGAGAUUUGAUGAAUAACGGAUUUAUUUGA